AAUCAUUUCAAGAAAAUUGUAUGUGUAAAGCGGUUUGAUUUUUUUGUACUGAAGAUAAAUAAGAAAAAAGAAAUUAUUAAAUAUGUCGAAUGAAAGCAAUCGCGAUGAAGUAGGUCCUGCUGGUUAUCAACCAAAAAUUAAUGAUGUGGCUAAAAAUUUCUUAAAUGAUUUGCAAAAAGAACGUGAUCGUUUAUCGGAGGAUUUUCCAUUAUGUGCCCUUUUAAUUGAUGAAGCAUUCGAUCGCGUCUAUUCGACUGGUCGCAUACCCGGCCGAGAAUUUUUUGCCGAUGUACUCAAACAAAAACCCAUGAAACUUACCCAAAAAGUUUUCGUACCCGUUAAGCAAUAUCCGAAAUUUAACUUUACUGGAAAAAUAUUGGGACCCAAAGGUAACUCUCUAACACGUUUGCAGGACGAAACACAAUGUAAGAUAACAAUCAAAGGACGAAAUUCGAUGCGUGACAAGGUCAAGGAAGAAGAACUGAGAAAAUCAAACGAUCCACGCUUUAGUCAUUUACAUAAAGAUCUUUUCUUGGAAAUCAGUACUGUAGCAACGCCGGCCGAAUGUUAUGCACGUGUGGCAUAUGCCUUGGCCGAAAUACGUAAAUAUCUUAUACCGGAUAAAAACGAUGAAGUUUCUCACGAACAGUUGCGAGAAAUAAUGGAAAUUGAUCCAGAAUUAGCUAAGGCUGGCUAUGGUAAUCCAGAAGUUUAUAAAACGGUAUUUGACAAGGCAGGCGGGUCUAAGGGAACACCAAGAUAUUUGGGUUUAUUAAAGCAUACUUCAUAUGCAGAACGUGAGGAAUUGGAAGAUGAAUAUGAGUAUGAACAUAUUUCUCAUGCACCACCGCCGCCCAAAAGACCCUCAAGUUCAAAUGGUUAUGAGUAUGUUAAAGUUCCCUCAUCUUCGAAAGGAUACAAACGUACUACUGUACCAGUCUAUACAGAAAGCAAACGUAUACGUGAAGUCAGCUCUUCAUCUAAACCGUAUAAUCCAAAUAUAAAAUCAUCACCUAUGUAUGGUAUAUUAAAAAAACAUAAAUAAAUGUUAAAUAUAAAAAUAAUUAAUCAUAAUUAAUGAAAAUAAAUAAAAAUAAUAAUACAUAAAAGUAUAAAAUAAAAUUUAUAUACAUAAU